AUGUCUCGCCAGCGUCGUCCUGUUCAGGAGAAAAACAGUCAGUCUCUGUCUCCAGUGUUGGAAGACCCGCCCAAAUUCAUCAAGAAGCUUCUGCAUUGGGACGAUCUUGAGCACUGGCAACGCGAUAACGUCCAUAUCCAUACUGGAUAUCGACCUGCCUCGUCCUCGUUUCUGGGCUCGUUCCAAUCAUUGGGCUACAUCCACAAUGAGACAGUCAACAUCUACACCCAUCUGCUACCCGGUAUGCUGGCGGCUCCUGCGGCGUACCAGCUCUACUAUGCCCUAGCGCCGCGCUAUCACACGGCGAACGACUCGGACAUCCUAGCGUUUAGCUGCUUCUUCGCGGGAGCUGCAUUCUGUCUUGGGAUGUCCGCAACCUACCACACCAUCUCUAACCACUCACCAGCAGUGGCGCGCAUAGGCAAUUCGCUCGACUACAUCGGCAUCGUGGGACUUAUCGUGGGAAGUUUCGUCCCAAGUAUCUUCUACGGAUUCUACUGCGUUCCUGAACUGCAGCACCGCUACUGGACCAUGAUCUGCACAAUCGGUCUCGGUUGUAUGAUCGUUUCCAUUCUCCCGCGGUUCCGGACUCCCGGCUGGCGGCCCUUCCGUGCAGCCAUGUUUGUCGGGAUGGGCCUGUCGGCCGUUUUCCCGGUGCUCCAUGGGCUGACCGUCUUUGGUUUCGACCGCAUGCGCGGGCAGAUUGGUCUCAGCUGGCUACUACUCCAGGGCUUCCUGUAUGUUUUGGGAGCGGGCAUCUACGCAGCGCGAGUGCCGGAAAGACUAUACCCCGGCAAAUUCGAUAUCUGGGGCAGCUCGCAUCAGAUCUUCCAUAUACUGGUGGUGUGUGCAGCGGGAGCGCAUUUGACGGGACUCUUGAAGGCGUUUGAUUAUCGGCACAGCGGGGUUGCCGAGAUUUGUCAGAUUCCACGCGGCUGA